AACCGUUGGAUUUGAAUUUUCUACUACACAAUUAUCGUUUUAUGACAUGUUGUCUUUCUUCUCUGCUUUUGGGAACGAAAAUGGAGUAUGCGUUCGACAUACCUUCGACAUGCUUAGGAGUCGUGACGAAUAGGUGCAACCUCAAGGUUGCCAAUCAUGUAUUUAAGAAUCUAGAUGAUGAACAUAAAGAUUUAUUUGUGGAAUCUUGCUUCCGGUCGCUAGUGCACAUUCCCGAUUUGAAGUUUUCGUCCCAAAUAAUCCACCACCUUCUUCAGAGGACCUUGAAAUCAUCCGAGAACGAAAAGGAUGUCGUGUGGUUCAAAUUUGGAGAAAAAGAAGCUAGAUUCGGGUUACAAGAAUUUUUUCUUGUAAGCGAAUUAAAGAUUGUAGAUAAUGUGGCUUCGUACGAGGUCCCGAAAAGAAGUAGUUCUCUUUUGAAUUUAUUCAAAGGGAAGCGAGGGAAGAUAACAAAGAAAGACUUGCUCAAUCAAUUUGAUGAUUUGGUAAAGAAGGAGGGAGAUGAAGAUUUGAAAUACAAAUUGGGGCUUCUGAUGGUCUUUGAGCAUGUGGUUUUGUCUAACGAGUGCCGGACUCUUGUGGAUGAAAAAUGGUUUCAUCUUGUUGAGAAUUUAGAGGAGUUCGAUACCUAUCCUUGGGGGAACUUGUCGUACGAGUACACCGUUUCGGCAUUUGAGGCACUGCCUGAGCUUGGAAGAAAAUUUGCUGAAACUUGUGGUAGUGGGAGACUUCCGAGAAUGAUGUCGUGGAAAAUGAAUAAACAGUGGCGAAGCGAGCAUCUUACUACGUUUUUCAACACGUCGGAGGUUGAAGUUCGACGAACGUUACAACCUUCAAGUGAUGAAGUUCAAAGUUCAUACUUGAAGGAAUUCGAUAUUCCAUCUACCCGUGCUACUUAUGACGGGACAAAUGUUGAUGAAGAGGUUGAUCCAGAGAGUAACCAGCGGGAUCGAACAGUAGAUGGUGUUGAAGACACGAUCAAUUCACCAUCUCCCAUGCCCGAGAAACAAAUGGUGGGAGUUCAUGAUGACGUGGGCUUGCAGAUGAGGGCAAAAGAUAAUGUUGUCUUGGUUGAAGACAAUAUUUCUGAGAAGGUUGUCUCACCAAAGAAGAAUGAACAUGAAUUUGAUACCGGUGUUGUGACCGACCCGUCAUCAACCAUCGUUGUGUUCCAAGAAAGACAACUCUGCGGACCUACGGAGGUCGAGAAAACCGAUGAAGAUGAUGCACCUGGGUCUCCUAAGGGAAGAGGGUACCGGAAGAAAAGAAAGGCCGCCGUUCUACUUACUCCGUGGAGGAAUCCCGAAAAAAGACAAAAAAUUCCAUCUGUGACGGAGUACGACCUGUAUAGGACACUGGAUGAAGCUAAAUGUGAAGAUUUAAAGAGCACAGAGAGAAUUUUUAAUGACCUUCUGAAUGAUGAAUGGCUUUCUAGUGAGUACCCUCUCUUGUUUAGACAAGAUUGUAUCAUCGUGGACCCGCAUUUCGUCUCUUAUGUGAGAAUGUUCUUUAAAGAGGGGUCAAAAGCCCAAAGCUUUGAUACGAUAAAUUUUCAAAAGGCAUUAGUUAAUUACGCCAGAGGGAAAGUACCCACUCAUGGAAAGCCGUGGACUAGUUGCACAAAAUUGUACGUUCCCUUUUGCAAUGAGAAGAAUGACCAU